CACAACAGCAGCCUCCUGCAACACAGCCCGGACACACACAGCGUAUUAUUACACCCGCAAGAGUCCUCUUCAUUUGGGAUAAUAUCACUACAUCUGCAGCAGGGGGAACGUUUUUAUUUUGAGCUGUGUCGUUGAAAGCGUGUGGUCGACAGUGCGCUCAGGAGCACACUCAUGCCAGACGAGGCAGGACGGGGAGUAAAAACACUUUAACUGGGACAGCGUGGAGCCGACCGUCACGUUCAGCUGGUGGAGCAAGGACCAAAAACUCAGGGAUAUGUCCAACAACGCUGGAAGAGGUCAUGGGGGUUUUAACCAACUAGGUGGAAUGUUUGUUAAUGGACGUCCACUCCCGGAGGUGAUCCGGCAACGCAUCGUGGACAUGGCCCACCAGGGGGUCCGGCCCUGUGACAUCUCCCGGCAGCUCCGAGUCAGCCACGGUUGCGUCAGCAAGAUCCUGGGGCGAUACUACGAGACAGGCAGCAUCAAGCCUGGCGUAAUCGGCGGCUCCAAGCCCAAAGUGGCCACCCCGAAGGUUGUGGAUAAAAUCGCAGAUUACAAGAGACAGAAUCCCACCAUGUUCGCCUGGGAAAUCAGGGACAGACUGCUGGCGGAGGGAGUGUGUGACAGCGACACGGUGCCCAGCGUGAGCUCCAUUAACAGAAUAAUUCGAACGAAGGUCCAGCAGCCAUUCAACCUGCCUCUGGAUGGAAAAGGCCUGAGUCCAGGACAAACCUUAAUCCCGAGUUCAGCAGUCACCCCUCCCGAGUCUCCACAGUCAGACUCUUUGGGCUCCACCUACUCCAUCAGUGGCUUGUUGGGUAUCCCCCAGCCCAGCGCCGAGGGCAAGAGGAGCCACGACGACAGUGAUCAGGAGAGUUGUCGGCACAGCGUGGACUCUCAGGGCAGCGGAGGCGUCCCGAGGAAACAGAUGAGAGUGGAUCACUUCUCCUCAGCCACGCAACAUCUGGACUGUGGGUUUGAUCGUCACCACCACUAUCCUCCGGACUCAUUCGGCUCCGCCUCCAGCAGCAAGACAGAGCAGACUUUGUACCCGCUGUCCCUCAUCAAUGGCAGCCUCGACGAGGCCAAGACCAGCCUCUCAACAUCCAGCUCCGCCAUUGGACGGAAUCUGACGGCACACCAGAGCUACACCAUGGUGACCGAGCCCCUACAGCCCCUGCCGCUCUGCCUAAAACAGGAAAUGUCCCCAGAAGUGACCAGCACGAGCCCCUCCCCAAACAUGGCAGCCAACCUGGCGUUCGUGGAGCUGCAGGCGCUGCAGAAGCCUGUUUCUGUCAGCAGCAGCUGCAGCAACUCCAGCCAUUACCCCAACGCCUUCAACUCAUUCUCCCAUCAUGCACCGGUGUACGGGCAGUUCAGCAGUCAGUCAAUCAUCUCAGGGCGUGACAUGGUGAGCUCCACCCUGCCGGGCUACCCACCUCACAUCCCUUCCCCUGCCCAGUCAGGAUACUCCUCCUCUGCCAUCACGGGCAUGGUAGCAGCAGGCACAGACUACGCGGGUCAGACCUACAGCCAUUCGCCCUACACCUCCUACAGUGAAGCCUGGAGGUUCACCAACUCCAGCAUACUGGGUUCGCCCUAUUACUACAGCACGGCCUCCCGCACCGCUCCCCCGUCUUCAGCUGCCUACGACCACCUUUAGUCCCCUGCUGCAUCAUGGGACCUGUGACUCCACCCGGGCCAAGACUGGAGAACAUCAGCUGACACAUCUGAUUAUGGACCAAGGCAUGAAAGUCUAAACUGGAUGUGAACUUGAGACUCUGCUGAUUAACCAGCAACACAUGUUGUUUUUUUUACCACACCUACUCAUAUGUUAUUUAUUUGUCAUUACUGAUACCGUUGCCCAGGGUAACUCUGACUCGUGCAUGUUUACACAUUGGUAGAACUCCUCCCAUGCAGGGCCUGUUUCCAGAGACUCAGCCUGACGUCUCACACCAAGGUGCAUAUUUUCAGUAUAGAGCUCUUUAACGCUGUUUUGGCCAAAGACUUUCUUUCAUCGCACAUCUGCAACUUGACACUGAUCCAGUGAAUACGGAUAUGCAACUUCUUUAUACUGAACUAUAUGCCUGCUUUUGUUUACAAUACUUUCUGUCCUAUCAUCACAAAUUGGUUCCUUUUCUUGAUCUGUAUCUGCUUGCAAAUUAAUUUUUUUGACUUGUUUUCACUGUAAAUUCAGAUCUUAAGAGCUUUUCCUGUAGUGAAAAUAGACUAAAGGGUGACACAUUAAAUCACAAUUACAACAAAAUGCCCACAUAUGCCCCUCAAAGAUAAUUAAUGUAUUUGUCUAGCAAUAUGUAUAUAUUGUAAAUGAUGAAUUACUUACGGGGAAGUGAUGCAAUUUUACUCAGAAUGACUGAUGAGGGAGGGGGGUGAUGGUGAUUUGGCUACAAAAACCAACAAGGCUUGAAAUACAUUUGUUUUGCUUCAAAUAAAUUUAGUUUGUUGUCAUGCUGAUGUUCUGAUGUUUGGUAAGAACUGUGACUAUUUUUUCUUAUACUGUUAUUAAUAUUAUUGCAGAUGUAAAUAAUGAAUUUCUAAAGAAUUAUU